AUGGGGUUCAAUUGCAUUAAAAUCAUCCCCUCGAGCCUCGAGAAGACCAAUCCUCUGGUCUCCAUGCAAAUGAAGGUCAUCGACAUCACGAGCGGUGGUUCUGCCGCCAAAGCCUUCGGUUUGAGCGUACCGAUCAACGCUGAAUCAUCCCAGUCAUGUGGUUCCCCCCAGGGCGCCACUUUCAAAGCGUUGCAAUUUGUCAAUGGAAACAGUGGGGCAUCGUUUAAGCCUCAAUCCUUUGUCUUGAAGCCUAUCGACAACACCACGAAGGCUUUCGAGUUUAAACAAGGCAACCUCAACGCUACGUUUAACCUCAAGUCGUUCAAAUUGAAGAGAAUGAGCGACGGCUCCCUCCAGUGGAAGCCUUCCUCCGAGGAAUCGGGGGCUGCCUCGUUAGAAGAGCUCCAUAAUGCUCUUUCUACUGGCAACGUUGUUGCCCAUCCAGACCUUCGUUCACUGGAAGUCUACGCACUGGUCGGUUGUCGCCCUGUUCCACAAUGGGCUGCCGACAUCCCUGAUAUUCACAAGAAUAUCCCUGAUGCAGAGCAUCAGACUCUUUUCCAGGCCCUUCGCUUUGCCCAACAGGUCAAGCGGAGUCCUGCUCUUGCUGAACUCGUGAAGGAAGUUGCCUUUACAGAGUUUUUGAAUGGCGUCGCCCCCAGCUCGAAAAGUUUGAAAGCUGACAGCGACUUUGCCGCUUCCCCCAGGGAGUUCUUUUCGUCGUACUUCGCCGACUUGUCCGCCGAAUACGUUUCUGGGUCGGUGCCAGCUGGUUCUGGCGUUCCCGCUUUCAGACCCCGUACUGCCCUGGUGCACACUUUCGUCCUGCCUGCCUCUGCCCCCGGUGAGCUGGAUGACUGUGCUGACAAGCCCAAACUUGGCAAGGGCCAACGCAUUUCCCUUGCAUUGAAUCGCCUCUCUUCCCGUUGGCGUUGUCGUGCUAAGCUCUUCAGGGAGCAAUGGCGCGAGGAUAGAACCCACAGAGAAGCCGAAAGAGAGGCUAAGAGAAAGAUAAAGGUAGAGAGACGCACGCUCGUCUUAUUGGAGAAACAGCAGCAAUUGGCUCACUUGAGGUCUCGUCGUCAGGAAGCUGCUCAUCAAAAGGCCCAGGAGGAAUAUGACCUGGAACAGGCAGCCAUUCAGAGAGACAUCGAUGCCAAGCUGGCUGCUCAGAGAAGGAAGUUAGAGAACUUGGAGCACCAAGUUCACCUUGCUAAAGCCAACAGGAAGGUUGCCGCUGCCCUUAAGCGGUCUCUGACUGUCGGUGGUAAGACCAAGCCUACGGGUACUACUAACAUUGACAAGGCUGCCAAGCCCGAGAAGGUCUCUCCCCAGAUCUCCUCGAAGUCCUCCCAGAACACAAGUAUCUUUGGCCCUCAAAAGAGCCUGUCGACAACCGGAACUACCCCUGAUGUCCCUUCGGAAUCCUCUCACUGUCUCAACAAGUCUGCACCCAUUCCACAUGCUCCCUUGAUGUUGGUAAAUGGUUGCCUCAAUCACAGAGAGAUAGAAGAGAACCCAUGGAACAUCGGCGUCGGCGCCGAAGUACGCAACAUGCUCGGUAAAGAGAGACCUGUUCUCGGACUCUUGUCUGUGCCCAAGCAGAAGUCUGCCGCCCAAAUGUCAAAGACCCCCAAGACUGGUACGAUCGCUCCCGGUAUGAGUUCUUCAAAGUGCACGUUGAAGAGCUUGUCGCUGGCGAAGUCGCUGCCCAAGUCUUUCAAAGUUGGCGACGCAUCUUUGGCCCCUCCCCUUCCAUCUGAGCCCUUGUUCGCUGCCGGUACCCCGGAAGACUCUACCACGGUUCUCCUUAAGCCUGGUCAAAAGUCUCCCGCUGCCGCUCAGCCAUCCGCUCCAGUGCCUCCUAAGAGAGUGAAGACACCUUUCUGGAAGACAGAGAAGUACAUUAACUUCCGCAAGGCAUUUAAGAAGGGUGAAUUCAUGCCCUCCACCGACGAAGUCCUUGCAGGUUUAUCCAAGCUCCGCCCUCUCUCGGCUAGUUCGAAGAGUUAA